AUGGACCGUAGAGGAGGCUUUCAUGGGUACCGCAAGCUCCUCAACACAAGCUCAGAGAUCAACAUGAGGCUAACUGCUGAGAUCAACCACAACAGCAGCAGCAACAGCAACGUUCAUGUAACCACAGAUGACAUUAAUGAAUGUACUGUAAGAGAGCAAGACAGGUUCAUGCCAAUAGCCAAUGUUAUCAGGAUCAUGCGCAAGAUUCUCCCUUCACAUGCAAAAAUAUCUGAUGAUGCCAAAGAAACAAUCCAAGAAUGCGUAUCUGAGUACAUUAGCUUCAUCACUAGUGAAGCCAAUGAACGUUGCCAACGCGAGCAACGCAAGACUAUAACAGCUGAGGAUGUGCUUUAUGCAAUGAGCAAGCUAGGGUUUGAUGACUACAUUGAACCCUUGACCAUCUAUCUUCACCGAUACCGUGAACUCGAGGGCGAGCGCAGCUCGAUGAGAUGUGAGCCAUUGGUGAAGAGUACUAGGAAUAACAAUAACAAUGUUGAUCAGUUUGGAGCAAUGGCUGGGGUUGGUGCUUAUGCACCAGCAUUUCAUGUGAGCCAUCAUCACCAUGGGUUCUUUGGUGGGUCUCCUAUAGGAGCUGGAUAUAUGAAUACGAGGGAUGCUACCCCCAAUGCUAGUUCCUCCCAUGCUGCUGCUUUGGCUAAUGUUGAAGCAUUUGCUCAGCAUAAAUGA